AACCGCACAAACAAAACACUUGCAGUUGGUUUGGACAAAGACAGUGGAUGCUGAUUGAUGACUUGCUGCUUUGAAUAGGACGAUUAUUUCAGACUUUUAGUAAACAGUUUCUUCAAGACUAUAAUUAAGUUACUUUUUUUGGGGGUAAAUGAUGAUUGUGACUGACAAAAUGCACAUUGGAAUUAUUGGAAUCCUACUGGGCAUGUACUUGAAGGUUCAAGCAGACUGUGAGCCGUACAUCAUUCUUAUUAGAGAGGAGGAGAGGUGCCUUCAUGAGUUGCAACUGCAUAAUGUGUCCAAAACUCCCCAACCAGACUGCAAGGGUAUGUGGGACCACUUGAAUUGCUGGUCUCCUGCUUUUGUAGGGGAAACUGCAUCACAGAACUGUCCCAAUUUCUUCAAAUCAGAAGGUAAAGUGGACCGGAACUGCACAGACACGGGCUGGACGGACCCAUUCCCUCCUUACGUGCAUGCAUGUUUCAACGAAACCUUCCACUUACUUGGAGAGUCACAUGACUCCCACAUGUACUUCCCCUAUGUGAAGACCAUGUACACUGCAGGCUACGCUCUCUCUCUAAUCUCUCUCACCAUCGCCAUCACCAUCCUCUGUCUCUUUAGGAAACUGCACUGCACCAGAAACUACAUCCACAUCCAACUCUUCGUUUCCUUCAUCCUGCGUGCUACCUUCAUCUUCAUCAAAGACUCUGUGCUCUUCACCGAUGAAGACUUCUACCACUGUGACGACUACCCAGCGGUGUGUAAGUUAGUGGUGAUGUUCUCCAACUACUGCAUCAUGGCUAACUACAGCUGGCUGCUGGUGGAGGGACACUACCUCCACACCCUGGUCAGCCUCUCCUUCUUCUCCAAGAAGAAACACCUUUGGUGGUACAUCAUCCUGGGCUGGGGUUUGCCAAUGAUUGUCAUUGUAUCCUGGGGCUUGGCAAAAUACUUCUAUGAGGAUGAAGGCUGCUGGGAGACAAGGGUACAUGACUGGGUUUGGUGGAUUCUCCGAUUACCAGUCCUACUCUUCAUAAUCAUUAAUUUGGUAUUUUUUCUGAGUAUCAUAAGAAUUCUGGUGGGGAAACUGCGGAUGCCAGACAUGCAUGGAAAUGAAUUCAGCCAAUACAAGAGACUUACCAAAUCGACUUUUCUUUUGGUGACCCUCUUUGGUUUGUACUACAUCCUCUUUGCCUUCUUACCCAUCAAAGUCAGUGGUUUAACUUACAAAAUAUGGACCUUUGUUGAGCUGGCUCUUGCAUCAACACAGGUAAUUUUGACAUUUAUAUAUAUUUUUUUUACUUUGUGGGAAUAUUAUUUGAUGUCUAAAUUCCCCUUUCUUCCUUUUCAGGGCUUUGGAGUUGCUGUUCUUUACUGUUUUCUAAAUGGGGAGGUACAGUACGAGGUACAGAGGAGAUGGCGCAGGUGGAGGCUGAAGCAGCAUCUACACGGGGAACCCAGACAGCAUGGUUCCAUGAGCCAAAGCGUCUCUCCCCUUACCCAGGUCUCCUUGCUUCCCUGUUCUGGACCGGCCAGCCUGGCAUGACCUUUGACUCCCCCCCCCCCCCCCCCAAAUCACUGGUGAUCUCCUAGACAUACCGGUUAAAAAACACUUACACUCUCAAGACAUCAAAUUAACUUAAGUUCUGGAACUUUCUUGAACUUGAGGAAUGGUCCACAGAAUGAAUCACUUGGCCACUCUUGAAGACUUGGAUGUGGCAUGGGAAACAGCACUGUACUGUGAUUUUGUGCCAUUCCCUCAAGCUCAAGCAACAUUUCUAGGACUAUGGACAGUGGACUUGGCCUGAAGAUCUAAGACAUUUGGGUUCAGUGGAAAUCAUAAGAAAUGGGAACAUGUUCAAAAAGCAGAAGUAGGACUCAGAUCUUCAACAUCAACAUGUGAAAGAGAAAUCCUGGAAAGAGGUCUGGUUAUGACCAGCCUUUUGUCCAGAGAAUUUAUCAACAUGAUUGAAAAUUCUCACUUUUUAUUAUACUUUGAAGACAGAUCUUUUAAGAAACAUAAUUUACUGUUCCUUUGCACCAAUGUACUGUAUAAAAAAAUAAAGACAUUUUCUGAAAUAAAUACCAAGAUCAAGGGCUGCACUUUUU